AUGACGAAGGAGGAUCUUAUGAUUGAAGAGCUUCUCGCACCUCCCAAGCCCUCUCUCGCUCGAAGAGACCAGGGCUGGGGCAAAGCGUGGGGCGCCUACCAACUGACCGGCCGCCUCCCGACCGGCAUGCGGGCCGACCUCCGCUGGCAGCACCUCCACUCCGCCUUCACUCAGGUCGCACACUACGAGCUGCCGGUCGCCGAGUCGUCGCGAGAGCGGGCCGUCAACGAAAUCCGGUUUGAUCCCAAGGGCGAGUUUGUGGCGUUGGGCAGUAGCGACGGGCGGGUGCAGGUCCACGACUUUGCCCGCUUCGAGUCCACCAUGCUGCCCUACUACUACAACCCGCCCGCCGCCAAGCCCCAGGAUAUCUAUCGGCAGGAGACCCUCGUCGAUGGUCUUUCGGGGCGGUCGUACAGCGUCUUGUCCCGAGAUGAAGCGGCUUCAUCGCCGAUGGUGCCCUUCGACCCGCCGAUCCUCACCAUCAACGCAACACACAAUGUGGAUACGGUGCAGUGGAGUCCAUGGACCGAGAGCGAGCUGGUGGUGGGGUUCUCGUCUUGGCAGGACAUCUUCGCCUACGACGUGGCCGCCUGCAAGGGCUCCGCCCCGACCCGCAUCGUCCACAACAAGAACAAGAACGUGGGCGUGUGCGACCUCGCCUUCAACAAGCCCAGAGGACUGCUCGUGGGCAUCUCGAGGAACUCGUCGAUGCAAUUUUGGGACCUGCGGGCCGCAUCGGAGCCGGUCUUUGCUUCGGCGUCUUCCUCAUCUUCAUCUUCAUCGUCUACGUCCACAUCGACCUCGACAUCAUCGACGGCUAGUCGAUCACCGAGCAUGAACUCUUCUACUCCACGACCGACAUCAGCGUCUUCGUCGCAGCGUGCGAGCGGGACCAAGCGAGACAGAGACGCCUACGUGGGCGGGGCUAAGGAGAACGACGAUGACGAAGGUGAGCAACAAACGUCGAAGGCUGCGAAGACGGCGCAGCAGCAGCGAGCCAAGCGACAGCGGGUGGACAAAAGCGACUUUGCGGAGGCGAUGGGCAACCUCCUCCCGCGCACCGGCCUCGUGCGGAAGCGCGGAGCCUCGCAGCAGAGCGCGCAGGAGAUCGAGCGCCGGCGUAGGCAGAAGGAGGCCAGCCAACGCUUGUACCUCCAGCCCAAGCAGGCCUUCGACCUACCACACGUAAGCGACGAUGGCAACAUGGUCUACAUCGGCACCGAGACCGGUGACAUUCACGUGUACGACUUCCGGAAGCCCAUCUACGCGCUCCAUACGCACAGCCUGGGCAGCUACGCCGUACCGGGCUUCACCGCCCGCGACGCCGAGCGCGGCAUCUCGUCGCUCAUCCUCGACCCACACCACCCCGAUCGCCUCUAUUUCCACCUCUCCUGGAACUCCAUCUCUGGGCUGGUGGACUUGACGAAGGGGCACGAGGGCCUGGUGGCGCUCUACCGUCCGCCCGCGAUCGCGCCAUCUGCGGGGACUGCGGGCGAGGCCAGGCGACAGCCGGCGACCUCGGGCGCCGAGUCAUUGAUGUCGGCGGCGUUGGCCCCGGCCUACCCGUACCCCAACGCCUCGCGCGGCCGGGCGGCCCUCACCGCCGAGGGCGCGUGCCUGUGCGGCGGCAGCUACCAGGAGGAGGGCCAGUACACGGUUUCCAUCGCCAACAUGGCCGCGUGCCGGAUCGAGGAGCCCGACAAGCCGGUCAUCGACCUCGUCGCUCAGCACUACGACCCGCCCACCGCUGCCUCCAUCAUUGCCCGACGAAAGAUCACGGCGCCCAAGGAGGACGACGAGGAGCGGAGGCGAAAGCAGGCGGUGCACAUCAAAACGUACGCGCCCGUGACCUGCGUGGCCUCGCACCCACACCAACCCUAUGUACUCGUUGGCACCACCGCCAACCGCCUCCUCGUCGCCAGCCACCAACGACAACACUUCUAA